AUGGGACAUUUGAGAAACAAGCAGCGCCGAAAUCAGGCAAAAGAGGCAGCAUUACAGCGAGAGGAACGAUUGCGGCGGUUGGAAGAAAUGGAUCUGGAAAAUAUGCCACUAAGGUUGGACAUCAAAAGAAGGCUAACGUCGCGGUCGGACCGAGUAAAAUCGGUCGAUUUGCACCCGACGGAACCAUGGAUGCUAUGCGCCCUGUACAAUGGCCACGUACACGUGAUGAACUACGAAAACCAGCAGCUGGUAAAAGAUUUCGAAGUCUGUGAUCUGCCGGUACGGUGCGCCCGUUUUGUAGCCCGCAAGAAUUGGAUCCUUACCGGUUCCGACGACAUGCAGGUGCGCGUGUUCAAUUACAACACCCUCGAGAAGGUGCACUCGUUCGAGGCUCACACCGAUUACGUCCGAUGCAUUGCGGUCCACCCAACGCAGCCGCUUAUACUUACAUGCAGUGAUGACAUGUUGGUGAAGCUGUGGAACUGGGAAAAGGUGUGGGCGGUACAGCGCGUCUUCGAGGGCCACACGCACUACGUCAUGCAGGUCGUGUUUAACCCGAAAGACAACAACACAUUCGCCAGUGCAUCGCUGGAUCGUACGGUGAAAGUGUGGCAGCUGGGAUCGAACGUACCAAACUUCACGCUCGAAGGCCACGAGAAGGGUGUAAACUGUGUGGAUUAUUAUCAUGGUGGUGAUAAACCGUAUCUCAUUUCGGGGGCUGACGAUCGGCUGGUCAAAAUCUGGGACUACCAGAACAAAACCUGUGUCCAAACGCUCGAAGGGCACGCACAGAACGUUUCAGCCGUUUACUUCCAUCCGGAACUUCCGAUUCUGCUCACGGGUUCGGAGGAUGGUACAAUCCGGAUUUGGCAUUCGGGCACUUACCGGCUAGAAACGUCGCUAAAUUAUGGCUUUGAACGGGUGUGGACGAUUGCUUGCAUGCGUGGCACAAACAACGUGGCAUUAGGCUACGACGAAGGUUCCAUCAUUAUAAAGGUUGGCCGCGAGGAACCCGCCAUGUCGAUGGAUGUGAACGGCGGCAAAAUCGUAUGGGCUAGACACUCCGAAAUGCAGCAAGUUAAUCUAAAAGCACUCCCAGAAGGAACGGAAAUCAAGGACGGUGAACGGCUGCCGGUAGCGGUUAAGGACAUGGGUGCAUGCGAAAUUUAUCCACAAACAAUUGCCCACAACCCUAACGGAAGGUUCGUGGUGGUGUGUGGUGACGGUGAAUACAUCAUCUACACGUCGAUGGCCCUACGCAAUAAAGCAUUCGGUUCCGCGCAGGAGUUUGUGUGGGCAUCGGAAAACAGCGAGUAUGCCGUGCGUGAAUCGAGCGGCACGGUGAAGCUGUUCCGUAACUUUAAGGAACGCAAAAGCUUUACCCCGGACUACGGUGCAGAAGGUAUCUUUGGUGGGCAGUUGCUUGGUGUGAAAACUUCGUCCGGAUUAACGUUUUAUGAUUGGGAAAAUCUGGAGCUAAUCAGACGAAUCGAAGUUCAGCCAAGACACGUAUUUUGGAACGAAGCCGGCACGCUGGUGUGCUUGGCCACCGAAGAUUCAUAUUUCAUACUGAAGGUUGACAUCGGCAUGAUUCAAAACGCUUUAGCUACAAAGCAACAGCUAAAUGAAGAUGGUAUCGAAGAAGCUUUCGAUGUUCUGGGCGAAGUGAACGAACUGGUGCGUACCGGGCUCUGGGUGGGCGAUUGUUUCAUCUACACCAACUCUGUAAACCGUAUCAACUACUACGUUGGCGGUGAAAUCGUCACUGUUUCGCAUCUCGAUCGGACCAUGUAUCUGCUUGGUUACGUGCCGAAAGAUAACAGGCUAUAUCUGGGUGACAAAGAGUUGAACGUGACCAGCUUUGCCCUGCUGCUGUCCGUACUCGAAUACCAGACAGCUGUUAUGCGACGCGACUUUGAAACGGCGGACCGUGUAUUGCCGACCAUCCCCAAGGAACAUCGUACCCGAGUGGCCCACUUCCUGGAGAUGCAAGGAUUCCGCCAGCAGGCGCUACAGGUCUCGAUCGACCCGGAGCAUCGGUUCGAGCUGGCACUGAAAAUAGGCGAUCUGGAUACGGCCCUAGUGCUGGCCCGUGAAUCCGACAGCCCACAGAAAUGGAGUCAGCUCGCCGGUAUUGCCACCAGCAAGAACAAGUUCGAUCUCGUAAAGGAAUGUUUGACGAAUGCAAACGAUUACGGAGGUCUCCUGCUGCUGGCAACCAGCACGGGCGAUUCGGACAUGCUGCGGAAUCUGGGCGAAAAUGGUGUCACGCAGGGCAAGUUUAACAUUUCCUUCCUGUCCAUGUUUUUGCUCGGUGAUUUAGAGAAAUGUCUAGAAAUUCUGAUCCAAACCAAUCGGAUACCGGAAGCUGCAUUCUUUGCUCGGACGUACUUGCCAAGCAAAAUUUCACACGUGCUCGACAUUUGGCGUACCGAGCUGGCCAAAAUCAAUGAAAAGGCCGGCCAAAGCUUAGCCGAUCCGCAACAGUAUGAGAAUCUGUUUCCUGGAUUUUACGAUUCGGUUAAAACACAACAAUUUCUCCUACCGGAACGGAGCACCCUGCUACCCGCCAAUGUCGCUACCAAAGUACCACUUAAUAUUGACCGCACACCUAUCGAUGAGAUGAAAACGGCGGAAAAUGAGGGAAAGUUUGAUUAUAAUCCAAGUGCAAGCAGUGAAGCCAUCGUAACGUUAACGAAUGGAAAUGUUAGCGAUAGUGCCCCAUCGGUUUCAAAACAUCCCGAACCAACCAUGGUGAACAGCAUCAACUCCUCGGACAGCAGUACCACACAACUACAACCUGCAAGUGUACCGUCGACGAUAAAUACCGGUGCGACGGUUGGCAAUGUAUCGGCUGCGCAAGUUAAACGGAAAAGUUCGCUCGAUGACUUCGAGUCGGAAAUAGAAGCGUUGAUGGAUGAUAAUAUUGACACUUCGGAUGUAAAUAUAGACGACGUAGAGUUGAGCGAUGAUUGAACGUACGGAGCCGGACAUUCGCCUAUCUCAAUAGCAAAACGGCGGUCACACUGAGACAAGGAAGGUUUAGCAAAAGUAUUGUUUUUUGUGUUUUUUUUUUUACUUCACGCCCGCGUCCGUAACGUGCAGGAGGAGAUGCACUAUUUCGGUGUUUUGCCGUUGCUGGAAACAAAAGAUACUAGAGCGACAGAACCACAGGCCACAGCAGCAGCAGCACCAUUCUCCGUUAUAUCUCGUUAACGAUGGUAUAAAUAAUUAUUAUAUUCCAUUAUAAAGCAUUGGUACAUUUAUGUUGAGUUAAACCGAUCGAAGCCUCGAUUAGCAUUAAAAGGAUGGAAAUAAAACCAACAAAUCAUUGUUCGGGCAUAAUCGUACCACAUACGACACGACUUUUUAGGGUAGUUAAACAAGAAACAAGACGACAAGAAAUAACAUUAAAUUACAAUAGUUUUCUCCUUCUUUUCUUGUGAGAUUUUCGCCAUGCCUCUUAUUGCAAUAACAGUUGCAAGACAUAGUUGAAUAGUUUUGCAUGUUUGUCAUCAAACAUUCUUUACUUGCCACAAACGCGAUAAUUUUAUAGAACAGUUAUGUCGCUUGUCUCAACAAGAGCUUUACUUUUUUUUAGUUCUCAAGCCCACUAGGAAGAGCAUUGUUUCAUUUUGAAGAAACUGUUUGAAGAGAGUUGCUGCUAUUGGUGAACAUAAGUUCACUAUGACCCAACCCAUCCGCCCUUGGCAUGUCGCUUUUGGGAAGUUUGUAUCAAAACAAUACAAUGUGAAGAAUAUGGAAGAUGUCAUUUAUUUUGCUCAGCACUAACAGUUCUGCUUAUAGUUGCAACAUUCCUGUGAAAUUAAGUUUGUGGAUGGAAGCAUUUUUGGUUUUCUUUUGUCUGAAAAUUUCCACAUACCGUUCAGAGAAGUGGUUCUGAAAUAGUUUUGUUUCUUCCAUUUUUUUAAAUUGUUAAGGCUAAAAGGGAUGAAAAUGUUAUACUUUUUCUUGAGGGAAUUUAUGUAACCGGAACACACACAAACCGCUGCAAGUAAGUUUGUUCAACGCCCUCACUAUAUCGAUAUAUAUAUAUAUAAUAACAAUUAAUUAUAAGUAAAUAUU